GGGAAGGGGGGAGGAGAACAUGGAGGACAAGAUGAAAAGCAGGACAGUGGUGCUACAGUAGAGUAUAGAAAAUAGUGAGACAGUAAAGUGAUUUGUCAAUAUAACUGAAAACAUAUUUGUGUUAAUUUAAUUUAAAAGGUCUUCGAAACAGCAAGUCAUUUCCGUAGUACUUUCAAAUGUCAUUGUGCAGUUCCUGUGACUCUGUUUCUCUGAAAAGAAGUUUGUCGAGCCUUCUCGAUGGCCGUUUUGUGAAGAACCCAAAGCAAGAUGGUCAACAGCUGCAGGAGGGAGUUAUCCACUUGUUGGAGCAGAAGCAGGAUCUCUGCAGCCUAUUCAAGGAGAUAGGGAAUCCAAGUCCAAGAAAUUCUUUCAACACUGGCAUAAAUGGGCAAAGGCACGUGGCCUCUGAAGGCAUCCCUUUUGGUAUUGCAGGCUCACAUUUAGAAACUGGUUGGGAGGAUUUGAAGUGGGGUGCCACGGAGGCUCAGGAGCCGGAUCACCAUCUGGAAGGUCUGUGGUUACUGAGCCGUUUGCCUGAACAAAAAAAGGGGAGGCAUGGCCCACAUCCAGCUCGGCUGGCUUUCUGCCUAGGAGACGAGGAGAGGAACAAAUGCCGAGCGAUAAGGUUGUGUGCAUUGAGACAUCAGGCUGGGCGGCUUGGUGUUCCAUUAACAACACUGUCAGCAAAAUCGGUGCUUGAGAGACUGAAGAUGAUUAACGGAGUUCAGAAGGACAAGACAAGGGAUAUUCUCCCGGAUUCUCAGAGAGUCCAGCUGUGUGUCCUGCUGGAGUCUGUAAGAGAACUGCUAUCUUAUGGAGCAAUCUGCCCUAAGGGACUCUGGCAGGAGUACAGGAAGUAUCAGAAACUACCAAAUCUGCAUGUGGCGUACCUGCUUCAGUUUUACAAUAUCCUCGACUUGAAGGAUAUUUUUGAAAGUGAUGACGGUAUGAGGUGGUGGUUGGUGCCACAGCUGAAGGCUCUGUGUAAAUGGAUACCUUCUCCGGAAGAAAAAGAAGACAUGCAAGUGCAACAGACCGUAUUGUCAACUAUCUUAGGUACGUUGGUUGCCAUGGGCUUUCAGUCAAGUCAGAAGCUAGAAGCAGUGGAGAAGAGGCGCAUUCCUUCCUGCAUCUCAGCCCUAGAUGACAUGCUCUUCUGGCUUCUGGACACUGUGGACACGAAUUCAGCACAGACUGUAUCUGAAACUGCAACUGAGCGAUGGUGUCAGCUCUUUGAUACGUCAAUGUGUGACGUUUCAGCUUCUCCAGACACCCUUCAGUGCUUUUUCAAACACACACUCACACAGACUCUCACUUAUAAGCCUCGACUUGCAGUGUCAGAUGCAAUUGCUCUACAGGACAAGUGGACCUUUGCAAAAACCAGUCCAUUGCUCACCUCUCUUUUCUGUAAGUUGGCUGUGGUCUUCAGUGUGAAGCAACUGCUACAUCAACUGCAGCAGGUUCUUGAGACACAUGAAGUUAGCUGGAAACAUGUCCUAUGCUUCAUUUCCACUCUGCUUGUUUUCAACCCUUCUGUGAAGCCCCAUUUGAGAGUUCUUCUGUCCAGAUUGCUGACAAAUGCCUUUGAAGGUUAUGACUUGGAGAACAUGAUUACUGCGUUCUUGUUGGCACGGCAGGCGGCACUGCAAGGACAUGGGAUCUUCUUGACCUACAGUGACUGGUUCAAGGAGUGCUUUGGGGGGAGCAAUGGCUUUCACACGACCAGCAAGAAAUCUCUGGUGUUUUUGCUCAAGUUUCUGUCUGACUUGGUUCCAUUUGAACCACCCCAGUACCUAAAGGUGCACAUCAUCCACCCUCCAUAUGUACCUGUGAAAUACCGGAGCCUCCUGGUGGAGUAUAUCUCCCUGGCCAAGACCAGACUUGCUGACUUCAAAGUAACUAUCAAAGAACAACCACUGUGUAAUAUUGAUUUGUGUCAGAAUAUAUCUCUUGCUGGAGAUCCAACAGUCCAGUGUCAGGCUGUCCAAGAUGUGGAGAAAGCUUCAUCUCUUUUUGAGAGGACAGGAAAAAUCCCUGCCAGUGUGAUGGAGGCCAGUAUUUUCCGUCGGACUUAUUUCCUCACUCGGUUCCUUCCAGCUCUGCUGACACCAAGAUUGCUUCCCGUGAAAGCAGACACUCAGAUGACCUUCAUCGAGGCCUUGAAAAGGGCAGACAAGAUUCCUGCUCCGCAGUAUUCAUCAUACAUGGAAACUUGUCAGAGACUAAGACAGAAGGAAAGAAAAACUGUCUGUGAGAAAUAUGAAGGUCCUCUGCAUGUCCUCAAACUUCAGUUGCAGGAGCAAAGACGGCUUCUUUCUGAUGGAAAUGAUGGAGAUAUUUCGGCUCAGCUGUCAAAGAUCGCCCACACUAUGAGCUUUAUCUUUCCUUGUCUUCCUGAUGACUUUUUGGAAAGGAAAGUGAUCAAACUGAAAACUGACAUGCUUUCAUUGCCAGAGGUCCACUUGGAAGUUGUUAAUAUGAUUUUAAAAAACUUUUGCCAGUGCAUUUUAGAUGCUUCCAAAUCACUCCCUCCAAAUAAGCAAAUUAUGUGGGCAUCAAGGUUUGUGUGCGUAUUAGUCUGUAACACAGAGUUCCUCUCCUGCCUUCUGCACAGACUUUGGCAUCUUCUCCAUAACCAGGGGUCCUUGUUGAGUGGCCCUCAUAUGCCCGGACUAGCAGCUUUUGUGGUCCACCUUGAUGCCUUCAUGUCCCCAAGUCCUGUCGUGCAGCUGAUUUCGCUGAGGCAGUCUGAACCAAUAUCUGUCUCAGAGGCUCUUAGCUCUGCACUGGUCUGCAACACACACACUCGCAUGCACUUUUGUGUCAGGUUCUGUGUGGCUGCCAUGUGCUAUGGGAUCUGCCGAGGAGACUGGUUGGCUCAUCAACAGCAUAACUUUGCUCCCACCAGCCUUUAUAAGAAGCUUCUGUACCUCAUCCCAAGACUCUUACCUGAAGCCAGAGAGACUGUUUCUGAUGGCAAAGAGGAUCAGGAGAUGAACAGCAGUGGUGUGUUGAGUAAUGCCACCACCAACAACUGGAAAAAGACAGCUUUGUGUCUGUGGAGACAUCCUGCUUUCAGUCGACUACAAUACAAACCCAAAAAUCAGUUACACAUCACAGAAUGGCUGUCAAAUGAACUCCAAGUCGACAGAAGUAAAGAUACAUUUACUGACUCUGAACGGCUGGGGUACCAUCAGUGGGCAUGCCUUAACUUCUAUCUGAUUCGUCCAGAGGAUCAGGGCGGCUGCGGUGGAAGCAUGAAGAGUCUUUGCUCUCAUCUCAUCAAUGCAAUCAUGGACCAGCAGCAAAGUGAACAGAGUCAGGAAGAUCACAGAGUCUCACAAAGAGGAACCUGUUUUCCAGACAUUAUCUGUAGAUUACAGGAGGUCAUCUAUGAGAUGGAGUUAAGCAACCUAUCAGGCAGUCAUCCAACCGGACAGGACAUAUGUGACUUCCUGUUUGAGUUGGUUUCUAAGAGGCUCUCUGAGACAUUGAGUUCACCUCACCUCAACGCUGAACACACACUUAACAUGUGGAACAGAGUAAUGCUGGCUCUCCCAACAAUGCCAUUUAUUAAAGUAAAGGCUGAAGGUGACAGGGUGUAUCUUGACUGUGAAAAGCUGAUACAACAUGUCAAUAAUCAUCAGGUGUACUUCGUCAUAAUCUCUGAUGAUAGGAGUGUAUGUUCACCAAGCGGCCUGUUGUCCUUUCAUCUGACAUCACACUUUCUAAGAAGCAAUCUGUGUGCUAGUGCACACUGCAGUCUUGUGGGUGAAGAAUUCAACAAGACCUGGUCUCAGAUCAGUCAUCAGUGCCCUCUGCUGCUGGUCUCAACAGCGUACUGGUGGGAGCACUUGUCUGUAGUGCUCUUAUCAUUAUGGUGCCGUGUGUGUGAUGAAGAGGCACUACCAGAACAACUGCAGCUCAUCACAAAAAGUCAAAGCUGGGCUUGCAGUUUAAUGUCGGGUCAGUUGCUGCAAAUCUCAUCAGCUCCAGCACUCUUAUUAGCUUCCAGCCUGUAUGUAGACUUGCAAGGCCGAGCUGAAGCCAAGCAAGGUGAUGGUCUCAAUAUCUUGGAACCUGAGACAAACGUUAAACACAGAGAGGUUUUAGUUUUCUUACUUUUCCUGUGUGUAAACAAAUACUUGUCAGCCCUCCGAUACCAUCAGGAGUAUAGCCAUCAGAAUGCCUUAAACAUGUGCACAGACGUCCUGACUGUAUUAGUGGAUUGUGCUGACUGGCUACUUAUCUUUAAAUCUGAUGAUGCAGAAAAAGGUGCUUACCAGAUUGUUACCUUGUUGACAUCAGACCGAUUUACACAACUGAUGCCAUGGGCCUUUUACAGCUUAUUGCUUCAGCAGAGUGCUGAGCUCCAACAAAGAGCUGUGCGUUGUCCAGGCUUUUUCAGCACUGCUGUCUCCUGCUACAUCAGUCUGCUGCAACUCUUAGAUGGCCCCUCUAUCACUGGACCCCUAGGAAGUCAGAUGGAGUCUUCUCAGAUUCUGAGCCAGACAAAAACCUUCUUGCUGAGAGCCAUUUCACAGAUGUCCCCUUCUGCUCAAAUUUUCGGGCAUAUCACUCAGCUGGAAUCUCUGUGUGCGGAAUUUGACCCAGAGGUAGCAGCAGCUCUCUCUACACACUUGGACCCGCACAGGAUUAUACAGAGUCGUGUUUCCUAUGAUAAGGCAAUUUUGGCUCAACAGUUUCACUCAAAAUAACUGCAAAGUUGUUCCAACUAUUUUUUUUCUCCCAUGGUCUGGAAUACAAUAAUUACUUUAAAAAAAUGUAAAUAAAUAAACCAUUACAACAGUA